AUGCAAUUAAAGCCAGCUGUUGAAGCAGUCUGGGAUGCCUGUCUACAGACCCUUGAGGAUCAUAGCAACUCGGUUCAGUCAAUUAUCUUCUCACCUGAUGGCCAACGGCUUGCUUCAGGUUCAUCCGAUGGGACAAUUAAAAUUUGGGAUGUAAACUCAGGUUCUUGUCAGACCCUUGAGUGCUAUAACUCAGUAUUAUCAAUUGUCUUCUCGCCUGAUGGCCAGCAACUUGCCUCAGGUUUAUCAGAUGGUGUUAUUAAAGUCUGGGAUGUAAAGGAAAGCUCUUUUUAUUUACAGACCUCUAAAAGCUUUGAUUACGAGGUAUAUUCAGUCAUUUUCUCAAUGAAUGGUCAACGACUUGCUUUUGGUUUAUUCGAUGGUAUAGUCAAAGUUUGGGAUAUGAAGUCUACCUAUCUGCAGACUUUUCAAGGCCAUACGAAACCAGUAUUAUCAGUUGUCUUCUCACCUAAUAACCAACUGCUUGCUUCAGGCUCAUCUGAUGAAACAAUCAAGAUCUGGGAUAUAAAUUCAGGCGCCUGUCUGCAUACUCUUGAGGGCCAUGAUAACUCAAUCAAUUCAGUUAUCUUCUACCCUAAUGGCCAUCGACUUAUCUCAGGUUCAUCUGACAGUACAAUUAGGGUCUGGGAUAUAGAUUCAGGUGUCUGUUUGCAGACCAUUGAAGAUUAUGAAAACCCGGUAAACUCAGUUGUCUUUUUACCUGAUGGUCAAGUCGCCUCCGGCUCAGAUGAUGGUAUAGUCAGAGUCUGGGAUAUAGCGUCAAGCCACUGUCUGCGGAAAUUUAAGGGCCAUAAUCUCUCGAUAAACUCAGUUGUUUUCUCACUUAAUGGCCAGCAGCUCGCCUCAGGUUCAGACGAUAAUACAGUCAGAAUUUGGGAUGUAAAGUCAGAGGACCAUCUGCAAACUCAAGAAGGCCAUGAGGAUGACGUAUCUUCAAUUAUCUUCUCGCCUAAUGGCCAGCUGCUUGCCUCAGACUCAUCUGAUGAUACAGUUAGGGUUUGGGAUACAAAGUCAGGUGCCUGUCUGCGGAUCCUUGAGAUCUAUAGUCGUUUACAGGAGGGCUUAACUGUCUUCUCACCCAGUAGUCAGCUGCUUGCCACAGUUUCAUCCGAUGGAACAAUUGAAAUCUGGGAUGUAAGCUCAGGUAUUUGUCUUCAGACUUUUCAUGAUACUUGGUCUCGUGGAGCCAUAGCGUUCGACGCAACAGAUGACUCGCAUCUUAUUACUGAUUCUGGAGUCUUAAAAAUUAGCGCAUCUAUUAUAAAGACACCGCCUGAAGUAUUAUCAGCAGAUAUAGACUUUCAUCACUAUAGUAUAAGCUCUGAUGAAACAUGGAUCAUGAAAGAUAAUAAGCCCCUGAUUUGGUUGCCCCCCGAGUAUCGACCAAAUGUAUCAGCUGUGUUUGGGACUACAGUUACCAUUGGGUGUAUAUCAGGUCGAGUACUAGUAAUGAGGUUUUCUAUAGAUUAG